ACAACAGCGUGUUCAGUUACCGGCACCAUUAGUACUAGUAAUCAUGAACGAAACACUGCAGGCCAACGAAGCUACUCCUCUGCUAUCAGUGUCACCUGGCUUCACGGAGCGUCCCGCUAUACUUCCUGUGGUGCGUCGGUACCGGUUGGGAGGCUCGAAUGCCGAUGAUACCCUGGCUUCGCAAUAUAGGUUUCCAUCUGAAGCAGAACGGAUUGCAUUUUUGUUACUCGUCCAACUACAUUAUAAUGAAUCACAGUACAAUGUCUUGAACGACUCUUCAGAUAUCUGGGAAAAAUGGCAACAUGCCAGAGCCGCCUCAGCUGCCGCUGAGGACAUCGGACGACGUGCUAGUGAAACAUUGAACCAAUUCCUCCUAAAUCACAGUAGUUCUUCUGCCAUCCAAACUAUAUUUUGGACAGCCUUCCCGCUGGAAGAUACGGGGCAUACAACUACAAGAGUAAUUGAUAUGUUGGCGGAGGACCAUAUUCCUCCGGAGCUUCUCACACACCCCAUCGUAGACGCCGUAGUCAUUAAGUGUUGGAAGUAUGGGAUAAAAGCCGGAUCCGCGCAGGAUCACGGCUUAAGCUUAAUAGAACACUUUGAUGCUCUUUCGACACCCAGAGUUCUACAUUUCAUUGACGUUUUGGGCCGACUGGUCUUUAUGGGUUCACUUAUUCACUACUUGCUAUAUCCACCACACUUUCAUAUAACCCUAGGACAAAAUGAGCAAGGCACUCGAGAGAUGAUUCUCACUUUCAUGUCUGCUGCAUCCCUCGCUCGACAGUGGUCAAUCCAUACUCUACCAGCUAUGCUUGUAUUUCCCGCAUUCGUCAUGACCCUUCCAUCUGUCCCUUUACCUGGAAAUGUCUCAUUCUCUGUGCUUCACAUUGCCCUCCUACUCCAGCUGGUUCUUCUUCACCUUCCCAACUCUCCCAGCUUACCCACCGCAAUGAAACCCGAGAGCACCAUACCGCUCUCUACGUUGCUUUCGCGCGGAGCAACUCGCAUCGUCAUACCGGUCACCCUCUUUUUCUUUCCGGUCCUAUUACUCGCGACAUUUCUCGUAUCCGCCUCGCUCGUCGACAAUCCCCUGUUAGUGCUAACAAAUUCUCUGGAAGUAACUCCGAUGGAUAGUCGAUUUUCAUUCUUCAUCCUCUUCAUCACUGUCAUUAUGCUACUACUGGGUGGACUCGGCGUGACCUUGGCGAUGUUCCCAGCCUUGGCAUCAUCAACCGCCUCAACAAGUAGAUGGGAUCGCUACUCACGAGAAAUCGGGUUGUACGCACGCAGGUCAUUUGUGGAAGCCCUUGUCCGGUAUGAACCUUAUUACUUUCCGGUUCCAUUCAACUUGCUCCAACUUGUUGUGCGAGUGCCUUGUAUGGUCUUCUCUGGGUUGGGACAUCCAGUUACACCGUACAUAAAGUCAAUGGAGAGAGUGCUAUGGAGAGUCAUUGUAGGAUUAAUUGGAGCUGUGAUUUCUGGCUUCUGGCUGUGGGGCCUAGCGUGAUUGCACUCGUCGAUAUGCGGUGUCGGGCAUUAUUAGAUCCUGGUAUUUGGAUUGUACUUCCACAGGCAGACACCGGCGCUACUUAGGUACAUAGUCUAGUGUAUGGUGCGCGUCACUUAGCCACCACUACUUUUGAACAACGUUCUCACCCCCUUCAAAAAAAAUCAGAUUUUUAUUUCCUCUUGUAAAAAUGAUCCUUUCAAUGAGUAGAGUAAAGCUACAAGAGGAAUUUUUGAUUGAAUCAAAUCUGAGCGAGUUUUUUAAAAACAAAAGGGAUGAUUUGGCCACCUAAAGUACUAUGACUCCCCAUCAAUCGAAAAUGCGAGCCCAUGUCUCCGGAAUACGUCU